AAAUGUUGUUUAUAAACCUUGCACUACGGGACAGCUAACAAAAGGUCUCAAAGUAGCACUUUAAAUUAGCUGCUUAACUCGAGCGCGAUCAUUAGUCAGCCAACGAUUGGAAACUAGUUUUCUUGCCUUUGACCGAAUCCAAAAUUUUGGCUGUUUGUAAAAAAAGGUGUUUUCCACACGUGUAUAAUACACCAUUGUUUAAAAUGUUGAAGGUAAACGGACAAUAUAUUAUUACGACUACAGGUCCAAGGUAACGGCAAUUAUAGGAAUUUAUUCUCGUUAUGAAGUUAAACAGAUGGACUUCAAGUUGCCAAAUUAUUCUCGUUAGUUAAACCAAACUAUAUGUAUGUAGUGAUUCGAACUGCCGAAAAAUGUUACGAAAUAUGAGCAUCAGGCAGUCACUACCACAAAUUGUUGCUGUAAUGGUAAAAAAUUGGUUAAUGAUAUCACUGGGGAUGAGCAUAGGAUAUACAACGAUAUUAAUAGGUGGAGUUUUCGACGGGUCUACGAAUCACUUUGGCAGUAUAAGUGCCAAUCAAGUAUCAUGGUUGGGAUCCACAUCGACGCUGUCUAUCUUCAUCGGAAGUUUACUGUCAGGGAUUGUAACGCAACGUCUUGGACGUAAACGAUCCAUGCAACUGGUGACCAUUCCGUUUCUAGCUGCCUGGCUUUUAUUUUAUUUUUCCAAUGCGUUCUGGCAAUUAUAUCUGGGUUUGGGCAUAACGGGACUGUUCGGUGGUCUCGUGGAAGCGUCCUUCUGCGCUUAUGUUUCUGAAAUUACGGAGCCGCAGCUCAGAGGGACCCUAACGGCAACCGGUUCAAUGUCGAUAUUUAUAGGACUGGUCAUCCAAUUCUUGCUUGGAACAAACUAUAAUUGGCGUAAAUGCGCUUUAAUCAGUUGCGCAUUCCCAACGAUAACAUUUUUGCUGUUCUGUUUCGUGCCCGAGAGCCCGUACUGGCUGAUAAUGAAUGGUAAAGCCGAAGAAGCAAAGAAAAGUUUAGCUUGGCUUAGAGGAUGGAAAGCGCCAACGGAUGUUGCUGCAGAGAUAGACGAGAUUGCGAACCGGCAUGAAUCCGGAAAGUGUUUUGAUUGGAAUGAUGUGAGGCGGUAUUUGAAGCGAAGCUUUACUUUACCUUUACUGUUGAUUGCGUUUAUGUUUCUAUUGCACACCUGUACGGGAUUGGCGACCUUGGAAACCUACUCCGUAAGCAUUAUGGCGACAAUGGACGUGCCCAUCAACGCCUACUAUGCUACCCUAAUUUUGGGAGUAUCUUCACUAAGCGGAUCAUCCCUCUGUAUAAUUUUAGUGCACCGCCUUGGAAAACGAGUACUACUAUUCAUUUCGCUGGGAGGUUUAUGUGUUUGCAAUUUGCUAAUAGCGGCAUAUACAAACGUUGCCAAUAUCAAAGGCAUUAUACUGGAAGUUCAGAAUUCCUCUGUGAGGGACUUAGGUGCGGACAAAUAUGGCUGGAUACCAUUCACCCUAUUGAUUAUGCUCAGCAUUGCGGAUCACGUAGGGAACUCAACACUGGCAUGGGUUGUUAUGGCGGAGGUGUUUUCUCAUGAAACCCGUCUGCUAGGGUGCGGCUUAGGCAGUUCUAUUUCUUAUUUAUUAAGAUUUUUCUCGAAUUAUCUGUUUUUGAAACUGAUUGCCUUCAUGACAUUAGGAGGUGUUUACUAUCUAUAUGGUAGUAUUAGCCUGUUGGGGAUUAUAGUGCUUUUCUUUGUCUUACCUGAGACUGAAGGAAAAACAUUAGAAGAAGUUUCUGAUCAUUUUCAAGGAAUUUCCAAGCUGGACAAUAAGGUCCGAAGGAAGAAAAAAGUAGCGAAUUGUAGUGUAACUCCAGUAAUCUAGUAGGUACAUCUGU